AACAAACCUACAUCAAUUUUCUCGCACUGUCCGCCCCAGUCAGAUCAAGCAGAAGUGUAUAGUACUAAAAGAAUAGAUUGUUCUCUCUCGUAACAGUCACGAUAAGCCAUAUUUGAAUCGUAACCAUUGUCUGUCAUGGAAAUGUCCCAAUUUCCAGCUACUUGAGCCUACUGUUCUAAAUAUUGGUUACCAUCAUGGGUUUGCAAGAUGAUAUCGUGUAUCUGGUUCUUCUGUUGACCAGCAUCGCUUUGGGGGCCGUGUUCCAACGGAUUGAGCGAGCCCAUCAUCGCCGAUCGUUUUCUACGUUAUGUGGCCUUUUGAUGGUCGGGCUAGUUUCAGGAUGGCACGCCUUCUUUUGUGUUUUAGCUUACGGUGUACAAGUCCUAUGCAUUCAAAUACUUCCUUGGACGUGUUUACACAUUGUCUCUUUUUGGGUUCAAAUGAUGCUCCUGGUCUGUUUCCGUCUUUGCCAUUGGGUGGGACUGCCCAAUGUGCCAGCCCAUGCCAAUCCCAUCAUUAUGAUGCUCACCCUCAAACUUAUUGGGCUGGCUUUCGAGAUCCAUGAUACGGAGAAGUUGGAGCUAGAGAUCAAAAGUACUGAAAACGCUGAUGAGGUGGAAACGAAAAAACUCCAACUAAAAUGGAAAGGCAUAAAUCCAUCCUUGACAGACACAUUUCACUACGCCUUUGGCUACACCGGAAUUCUCACGGGACCAUAUUUCAAGUUUCGCACCUUCAAUGAUUUGUAUUCCACUUCAUUUGGCCAAUUGGAGGAUUGCACUCGACAAACUUUGACGAGGAUUUCCCGGGUCCCCAUUUAUAUAGCUUUGUUCCUUUUGUCUGGAUACCUUUUUCCUCUAAAGGUUGUUGAAGAGGAGGAUUUUUACGAGAAAACCUCACUUCUAUACCGUGUCUUUUAUAUGACACCGGUUUUCUUCAACUUUCGAAUGAGGCUCUACACUGGAUUUGUGUUGUCCGAAUGCUCUUGCAUCAUGGCUGGAUUAGGAAUGUAUCCCAAGUCAUCCGAACCCAGACCUGGAAAUGGUCCAACCCAAUUGGAAGCCCUUGAAAACGCCUCAUCGACGAGCAACGGUACCGAAGACAUGAAUUUUGAAAGCGUCCACAACAUCGAUGAAUACGGUGCUGACUUUGUGCCCACCAUGCGUGAAGCUCUUCGGACUUGGAACAUGACGGUGCAAUAUUGGUUGGCCAAUAUCGUGUAUCGGCGAUUCCCCAUGAAAACCCUGCGAACCGCAGCCGUCAUGAUUGUUUCGUCCAUGUGGCAUGGCGUGCAUCCCGGUUAUUACUUGUCAUUGGGUUCCGUACCGUUAGUUCUCAUCGUGGAGGACUUGUAUGAUCGAAUUGUUCGGAGGAAACUCAGCCAAAAGGGUCAGGCCACCUACGAUUGGCUUUCAUGGUUUUAUCGCAUGCAACAGUUUUCUUAUUUGGGGAUGGCGUUUCAAUUACUGAAGAUCGGAGAAACUUUGACAUUUUGGCAUUCCAUUGCCUACUUGGGUCAUCUGAUUUUGCCCAUCAUCUACUUGUUGGGUUUGUUUAUUGUCAAACCUUUAUUCUCAUCGAGACAAGCAAUCGAAAACAAGAAGAUAGACUAAAAAAUAGUCGCGGUUGUUGCUUGGCUCCUUGGAAAUUGUGCAUAAGUUUUACUUUAUGGCCACAAUAAAUGUAUGAACAAUU